AUGUUCGAAAUGCAAGAAGACCAAAAUGAUGUGAGUAUUGCACAAAUCCAAGAUUCGAAUCUUCUUAAGCUAUCAAAAAGACAAUCUUUUAAUUCAGAUACAAUUCUAUAAUGGAAUUCCUUAUAAGAGAAUCUUUAAUUGCAAUAUAAUUUGCUUAAUAAGGGUACUUUGUGACAAUUGCAAAUUAGAAAAUGAAACUAAGAAUGAGCGCAUUUAGAUCCUUCUGAAUACUGUGGAGAAGUAUUACAAGACAUAGCUUCGAUAUAAAGACUUACGUAGAUUGUACAAUCAAUAAUAAACAACUAAUUAUAAUUAAAAAUAAUGUUCAUUGGGGUACAAAUUUGAAAAUGUUCAUUCUGAUAUAUAAAAGUUUUUAUUUUUGUUGAUGGAAAAUUAAGAACUUUUUGCAUAAUUGAUACAUUCAUCUUUAGAUGUUGGUGCUCAUAAUUUAGAUGAAUUUAUAUUUGAUAUUCUAACAUUCCUUUAUGAUCCAAUAGUAGGUGCUGGUUUAUAAGAAGGAGUUUUUAAAUUAUUAAGUGAACUCUUAAAAUUAGAAUUAAUUAACCUUAAGAAUCCAUUAGAAUUAUUUUAGGAUAAAACUAAUUUAGUUUGUAAAUUUCUUCUUGGAUUCAGUAAAGGUCCUUUAUGUUAAUCAUAUAUAUAAUAAAUAUGUGGAUAAGCAUUAAAUUUACUCAUGAAUGUUAAAGAAGAAUUAGAAUUAAAUCCUAAGAUGUAUUAAUUAUAUAAAUAUUAUAGAAUUUAUGAAUCAUAAUUAAAAUUAAAAGAAAGUAAAGAAUCUGCAAAACAUCUUAAAUAAAAAUAGGAGAGUAAAGCAAGGAAAUUAAUGCUUAAUAGAAUACCAAUUUUAAUGCAAGGAACAGAAGAAAAUAAAGAUAUUAAUGUAUAUGAGAAUGUAAGAAGAACUAAAAUUUCUGAUUCUCUACUCAAUACAAUAAUUGAAUAAAUUACACCAUCAAUUUAAUCGUAUUGUUAAACACCAUUAUAGAGAAUAAUAGACCCUUAAUUAGUAGAGGAAACAGCUAAAAUAUUAUAUGAUCGACGUAAAGUAACUGAGAUGAUCAUUAAUUCUAUUUGUGAUAAUAUCAUAAAUAGCUUACAUAAUCUACCUUUUAUAAUAAGAGCUUUAUGUAGAUUGCAAUACUAAAUCUUUAAAGCCCUUUAUUAAACUUAUAAAUAAGAGGAAAUAUUUAAUUUGCUUAUUUAAUUCCUUAUUAAUAAAUGGGUAAUACCUGAAUUUACUGCUAUGUUUCUUAAUUAAUAAUAAUUAGAAUCAUCUUAUUAUUAAACUAAUAAUAUUACAGUAAUAAGUAAAAUAUUAUUGUGUGCUUGGAAAGGAGAGAUUAUAGAAGGUCUUAAAAUUUCAUUAACUAGUGUUAAUGUUUUUAAUUAUUUCAAAGAAUCAAUUGAAUUACCUCAAACCCAAUUGAAUUUUUAUAUCAAAGAUAAAUCUGAAAAACAUUUUAUUUCCUAUUUACUCUCUAUUUCAGAUUUACAAAUUUUAUUAAAUACAAUAUCAAAAUCAAGAAUUGAAGGUUCAUUAGGAGGUAAACAAUUAACUAGAUACACAGAUUUAAAGGAAUUAGCAGAUAGUAUAAUGAGAUAUAAUUUGAAAAUGGGAGGUGAUUAUAUGAGUAAUCAUGUAUCAUGGAAAGGAUAGAAAAUACUUGCAAGUAAUAUGCAUUUUGCAGUACAUAGACUAUCUGAUCUUUAUAAUGUCAAUUAUAUAGAUAUUGCUUUUAAAUUUACAGAGAAGUUUAGUGCAUAAGAUAAAGAAGAAUUAUUAUUUAUUUCUAAAGCCAAAUAAGUUGUUGCAUAGUUUUUAAUUUCAAUUGAACGAAUAUCCCUUUUGUCUAAAUUGAGGAACAAUAUAAUUCUAAGUUUUGACAACUUAAUAUAUAUGUAUAAAGAUGUAAUUUAUAUUAUUUAAUUUAGUCAUAUGAAAAUAAGGGUUAAAUAAUUAAAUAAUAUGAAAAUAUUUCACCAUAAUUAUAUGCUAAUUAUUUGCUUUCUAUAUAUAAAAUGAUACCAAAUUAAUAUACUAGCAAUAAUCUUUCACUUUUAUGUCAAGAAAUGAUCUAAGAAUUUGAAUAGAAAGUUACUUAUGCAAAAAAUCGUAAGUACUCUUUGUUUCUUAUAUAGAACAAAAGGCAAUGUUAGAAGUAUUUUUGAAAAUUAUUACACAACUUAAAACUGAGAGAAAUGAAAUCAAAGCUUUGAACAAAAUGUUAAAAACUAUUGAGUUAAAAAAAAAGUUGAAUUAUUUCUUAAAAAAUAUCAAGAUUCCAUGUUUAUUGAGUUUUAGAUAUGGAUAAAUUAAUUUAAAUUCAAUUUAAGACUCAUCUAAAACUAAAUCAUUAGAUCCAAAAGAUAAUGAAAAAUAAUAAUUCUUAUAAAUUGUGAAUGGAGCAGAUUUAAACUCUCUAUAAUUAGAAUUACCCUUUUAAAGUAUAAGAGACUUUAUAGAUAUAUUGAGUGGACUCAAGCAUUUGCAACUUGCCUUAGAAGGAGAUGAAGUUUUUAUAGAGAUGUAAUAAAUAAUUCUAUUAUUCUAGAGUCUCAAAACUAUUUUAAAAUUAUAUGAAAUUAGUGGAAGAAAAGUUAUAAUAAUAAUCAUUUUUCCCAUAAAAUUAGAAUUAAAAAAAAAAUAAUUAAUACGUUGAUUUAUGCUAUGAAACAGCAGAAAAGUCUAUUGUACGAAGAAUCAUGAUGAAAUAUUGUACCAUAAACGAAAUAAAAGAAGAUAAAAAAUUUAUUGAAUAAUGUCAAUAGAAAUUGAAACAUUUAGAAGAAUAAUAAGAAGUUAAAAUUUGUUUAUCAGAAUUACCUAUGUUAUAGAAAAUGAGUGAAUGUAUUUAGUGAUAUUAAUAAAAUUAGCUUUCAGAUAGAUUGAUUAAGUAAUGACUCCUAUUGAGAAAUUAUAAAUGAUUUCUGAUUGCUUGAGUAACACAUCCUAAUUAUUGAAAAUAUCUGGAAUUGAUGAUAAUCCAGGCUAAGAUGGAACACUGCCAAUUUUUAUAUAUUUAGUUGCUUAAGCAUGUCCUAAAUUUAUGAAAACAAAUUUGAAUAUAAUCUAAUCUUUAUUCAAUUUUGAUCGUUGGAAGAAUUCCACUUAUCCAUUUUCAUCAACAUAAUUAUAAGGAGCAUAUGAAAAUAUUAUGAGUUGA